UUCAUAGCAACAACUAUGGCGACAACUUUCCCCUGCGUUGUGUGCAAGAAACACGUGCGUCCGAGACAGGAAGCCUUGCAGUGUGAUGACUGCAACAGGUGGCAGCACAGAACUUGUCAGAAAGAAAUCACCAGAGAGUUCUACCGGCGGCUGGUGAAUAAGGAGGCAGAGCUGGAGUACUGGCGGUGUCUGGACUGCAGUGCCCCACCAGCGCCAAUGGAUGUCGACGAGCCCAGUAUCGAGUUGCCGACCAGUCCUCCUCCUGGCGAGAGCACCCGCCUGUCCGACCUGCAGACCAACAGCUCUGUCGGCGAAGACUGGAGUCCUGAGUUCCCUCCGCGCCCGGGCCAAGAACUGUUGUAUGAGAGCGGUGAGAUGGACGGCAGCUUCGUCGGUGAGCUACAGGACGACGAAGACGAGAAUUCUGUCGGCGAAGACUGGAGUCCUGAGUUCCCUCCGCGCCCGGGCCAAGAACUGUUGUACGAGAGCGGUGAGAUGGACGGCAGCUUCGUCGGUGAGCUACAGGACGACGAAGACGAGAAUUCUGAAGCAAGCCUUGUGGACUUCAGCUACGGCAGUAUCGAGCCCGUGGAGGAGGUGCGGGAGCUGCCCUGCCAACACCCGGCGGACGAGACGAUGGACCAGGACCCAGACACCACCAUGUCCGACCGGGUGACCUUCACCAUUGUGCCGGGCUCCACGCAGAGAGGAGGGCACAUGCUGACCAGCAGCCUUGGAUAUAGCUAUACGCGCAAGAAGUGGGAUCGGGAAGAAGGGAGGUGGACCUACUGGCGGUGCAAGAAGCGCAGCAAGGGGGUCUACUGCAAGGCGACCAUCAGCCAGGUGGGAGAGACGUUUACACCAGGUGUACACGAACACAAUCACCCACCAGAGCUGGGCGCCACGCUCAAGGCGAACGUCGCAGUCGAGAUCAAGACCAAGGCGCCUGAACAGAUUUUCGACCCGGCGUCGAACUUGGUGGACGGCAUGCUGUUGGAGGCAGGUGACCAGCCGGGAAUGCCCAGCCAGGCGGCCCUUCUACGGCGAGUCAACCGGGUGAAGGCAAAGUUGCGGCCCGCGGAGCCACGGGACCUGGAUUUCGAGCUGGCCGCCGACUACGUCCCGGAGAACUUCCUGGUGGGGGACCUUGAGGUGCAUCUCGGCAGGCAGCAGCAGAAGGCAAGGCACCUGGUGUGGUCUACGCCGUAUCAGUUGAAAUUGCUGGCUGACGCACGGCGAUGGUAUAUGGAUGGAACCUUCAAGGUCGUGCGGGAGCCGUUUAAACAACUCUUCUCCAUCCACGCCUUCCUGCGGAGUGGCGACGACAUUAAGCAGGUUCCCCUUGCCUUUGCUCUUAUGUCAAGGCGAAAGAAGGGCGACUAUGAGGCGGUGCUGGCCUGCAUCAAGUCCAAGCUCCCGACCCGAGCCGAGGUGGUGGAGUGCGUCCUCGACUUCGAGGAGGGCUUGUGGCGCGCCAUCCCCCUCGUGUUCCCGGACGUCGGCAUCAAAGGAUGCGCCUUCCACUGGACGCAGGCCGUGUGGAAGAAGACACAGGCACUUGGGCUUCAGGUGGCCUACUCGGAGGACGAGCAGGUCCACCGAUGGUUGCGGCGCCUGCUUGCCCUCCCGUUCCUGCCAGCGGAGCUCAUCCCGCCAGCCCUUGACGCCCUGGAGGAGAAGGCGAGGGGUGCGCUGACGGAGCUCGUGGGGUAUGUGCGGAGCACUUGGAUUGAGAGUUCAGUCUGGUUGCCACGUCGCUGGUCUGUGUACAGGCAGUCCGUUCGCACGAACAAUGACGUGGAAGGGUGGCACACCAGACUGAACUUCAAGGCCAAGAAGUCCGCCUUACCCCUGUACCUCCUCAUGGACCUGCUGCACCGCGAGGCCCAGCUGGUCAGGGUCCAGGCACGUCAGGUCUGUGAGGGGGAGCUCCGUCGCUACCAGUGCACUACCUACAGACGUCUGCAGGAACGACUGUUCGCGGCAUGGGAGAGGUUCGAGACCGAGGAGCCACGUUCGGCAAGGAACCUGCUGGUCACAUGUGCUAAGAUCUUUGGCCCAGUUGUAGAAUACAUCAGAAACAACACAAGUGAGGAGUAAACUUUCACUUGUGUUGUGAAUUGUGACUUAAGACGUUGCUAGUUAUGAAGUGAAGUAUUUUGCAAACAUCCAUCUACAACUGGGCCAAAGAUCUCUGCACACGUGAAUCAUUUUGUCAUUUUAUUUUCAUUUUAUAUAACCACUGUUUUUUGUGUGUAAACUGAUGAUGCCAUUUGUGCAAAAGUAUUUAGCAAACAUCCAUUGUGAAUCGUUUUGCCGUUUAUUUUCAUUGUAAAUAACCAGUUUUUUUUUGUGAACUGAUGAUGCCAUUUGUGCAAAAGUAUUUAGCAAACCGUUUUGCCGUUUAUUUUCAUUGUAAAUAACCAGUUUUUUUUGUGAACUGAUGAUGCCAUUUGUGCAAAAGUAUUUAGCAAACAUCCAUUGUGAAUCGUUUUGCCGUUUAUUUUCAUUGUAAAUAACCAGUUUUUUUUGGUGAACUGAUGAUGCCAUUUGUGCAAAAGUAUUUUGAAGUAUUUUCCGUUUUAUUUUCAUUGUAUAUAACCAUUUUUUGUGAACUAAUGUUGCCUUCCGAAAAAGUACAUCCAUGUGAAUCAUUUUGCCGUUUUAUUUUCAUUGUAUAAAAUGUAUAUAACCGCUGUUUUUUUGUGAACUGAUGAUGUCAUUUCUGCAAAAGUAUUUUGCUUGUGAAUAAAUACCAAUGGUGUAUUUCGUA